GGAGGUCGCAGACUUUGUGGGCGUCUGCCAUGUGGAUUUUCUUUUGGCAAGCUCUCUUACUCCCUGAACUAUUUCUCUGGUCCUUUCCCAUCCUUUAGUGUGUGUGUGUGUCCGUCCGUCCGCGCAGAUGCGUGUCACUGUGGUCACUGUAGUAGGGAGGAGCAGGGAUCAAAUUCCAGAUUCUCCACUGCUUUCGUGUAAGUCAGUUUCACCUUUACCUCACCGGAAAGGUAGGUAGAGGGCUAUUAUUGAUCCAAACGACACCCAGGUGCCACCGGGUUGAGAUAAAGGUUCCUGCGGAUGGGGAUGCUCAGUACUGCUCCCGCUCCUACCCGGAAGACCCAGGCGCCAAAGAGACUAGGUUCGCAAGCAAAGGCUCCUCCUCCUCCUGAAGUCGCUUAGGUCGCUUAGCAACGAAGGACCGGCUAGAAAGGAGCUGUGCUAACCCUCCACAGGCCGGCCCGGCAGGUGCACGACGCCAGCUCCCUUCUGGGGAGGGGGCGGCGGCCUGGGGGCUACCAUGGCCCCCAACCACCUGUCAGUGCGGGAGAUGAGGGAAGAUGAGAAGCCCCUGGUGCUGGAGAUGCUGAAGGCUGGUGUAAAAGACACGGAAAACCGUGUGGCCCUCCACGCUCUGACACGUCCACCAGCCCUUCUCCUCCUGGCUGCAGCCAGCAGCGGCUUGCGCUUCGUCCUGGCUUCCUUCGCCCUGGCCCUCCUGCUGCCGGUGUUUCUGGCCGUGGCUGCCUUGAAGCUGGGCCUGCGAGCCCGAUGGGGCUCUCUGCCUCCGCCAGGCGGUCUGGGGGGACCCUGGGUGGCUGUCCGCGGCUCCGGCGAUGUGUGUGGGGUCCUGGCUCUGGCUCCUGGUGCCAAUGUGAGGGACGGAGCCCGAGUCACCCGCCUCUCGGUCUCUCGGUGGCACCGUCGCAGGGGCGUAGGCAGGAGACUGCUGGCCUUUGCUGAGUCCAGAGCUCGAGCCUGGGCUGGGAGUGUGGGGGAGCCUCAGGCCCGGCUGGUGGUCCCAGUGGCUGUGGCUGCUUGGGGGCUGGCAGGGUUAUUGGAGGCCUGUGGUUACCAGGCAGAGGGAGGUUGGGGCUGCAUGGGCUAUAUGAUGGUUAGAGAAUUCAGCAAGGAUCUGUGAUUAUAGACCAUGCCCACUGGGGAGAUGGGCAUGAAACCGGCACCUAAAGAGCACCUACUCUGUGCCAGGCACUUUAGAUCCCCUCCCUCGGUGAAGAACUGAGGUUGCUGGAUGCACAUGCCCCGCAGUGGACCUGCCAGGUGCAGUAGGGUCUCUUCUUGGCAAACCCCAGGGACCGCUAGCGGUCACCCUGUCCACUCUUUGCCCCCUAGUCUGUAUACAAUGAAAAAACAAACAAACCUCUGGUUCUACAAAACCCCUGUUGUGUGUGUUUUAGGUCUCGAAGGAUAUUUGGGGAGAGUGAGAGGCAGAGUUAAGAGUCUGUGACAGGGAACCCCCAAGGACAGAUCUUCUGGAAUGGGUGGGGCUGGGAGCACCGAGUUUCCAAGCCCAUCUGUUUUUUUACCGUUUGUUAAUAAAGCCUGAGACUUCUG